AUGUCCACUUCAGAAUCUGAAACAGAAACGAAACCGCCAAACCAAAACUCAUCACACCAAAAUUCAUCAGACUCAGAAUCCGAUGAUGAUUAUGAUGCUGAUACAUCAUACGCGUCAGAUACAGAAGUAGACAACGCUGCCACACCAGAAUCAAUCACAGCAGAAAACUUCUCAUUGCUCAGUCUCUAUGACAAGUACGAAGAGACAGAUGAAACAGUAGCCAUCAAUCAUAUCGUUGACACGUUACAUAACAGAAUCUUCAACCCAACAAAGUUAGCAUAG